GAGGAUAUCAGGUCGGACGAAGAGGACGUUGAUGAGGAGGACGAUGAUGACGAGGAAGAGGGAAAGGUAGCUGCGGCUGAUGCACCAGCAGCCGGGUCCAGCAAGAGCAAAAAGAAGAAGAAGAACAAGAAGAAGAGCAAGUCAAAGGCUGUCGACAAGCUCAAAGGCAUGAUCAACCCGGGAGGAAAUGUCCCCGACGAGCUAGUUGACGCCGUAAAGAGGGAGAUGCAACAGAACCCUGCGACUCAGUCGGCGCAGGUGGACGAUGAGGAGAUCAGAAGGGCUUUGAAAGCGAUGGAUCUGCUCAAGGUGUUGGAGGGAAAGGAGGCUCUUGGCAACAAGUCGAACACGAAAGACAUCGGGGAGCACAAGUUCUGGAAGACCCAACCCGUACCUCAGACGCUGUCCGAGAACCUGCACCGAGCGUCCCGGGGUACCGUACCCCCCGCAUCGGCCAACCAAGAACCGGAUGGCCCUAUCGAUAGCGUCAAGGACGUUGCGGAUGUCAGGAAAGAGCCUUUGCCCCUGCCUAAAGGGUACGAGUGGUGUACCCCGGACAUCACCAUCGACGAGGAGUGUAAAGAAGUCCAGACGUUGUUGUCGGAAAACUAUGUCGAGGACGAUGACGCUUCGUUCAGGUUGCACUAUUCGAAAGAGUUCCUUCAUUGGGCAUUGGCGCCGCCCGAAUAUGUCGCAGAUUGGCAUCUAGGAGUGAGACAGACGAGCAACAAGAAGCUGGUUGCUUUCAUUUCGGGUAUCCCCCUGAGCACGAGGGUGCGAGACCACACGAUCAAAACGGCCGAGAUCAACUUCCUCGUCACCCACAAGAAGCUACGGUCGAAACGUCUCGCACCGGUGCUCAUCAAAGAAGUCACCAGGCGGGUCAACUUGAAAGGUGUCUGGCAAGCUGUGUACACGGCUGGUGUGGUCUUGCCUACACCGAUCGGGGUGUGCAGAUACUAUCAUCGGACGCUCAACCCUGUCAAACUGGUGGAUAUCGGUUUCACUCCCGUUCGACGAGGAGACACGGUCUCACGCAUGGUCAGGCGGUUCGGGCUCCCGGCGUCUACAUCCACGCCGAACUUUAGGGAAAUGUGCAAGGAGGACAUUCCUCAGGUCUUGGACCUCAUGAAGAGAUACAUGGCCAGGUUCGAGCUGGAGCAAAAGUUUGAUACCGAGGAAGAGAUCGAGCAUUGGUUCAUCAGCGGACGGGGUACCGGAGAGUACGUGAAGGGGCAGGGUAGGAAGGGUCAGGUCGCUUGGGCGUAUGUGGUCGAGGCGAGUGACCCCGAGACACAUCGAAUCACCGACUUCAUGUCGUUUUACUCGCUCCCCUCGCUCAUCAUGAAGCAUGCCAAGCACAAGGAUCUCGGGACGGCUUACCUGUUCUAUUACGCCACCGACGCCGCACUGUCAUCAUCGAGCAGUCAGGGCGGAGAGGAAAAGGCGAAGGAGCGCUUGAGCAAGAGGUUGAACUCGCUGGUCAACGAUUGUUUGAUUGUCGCCAAGGAUGCCGGCUUCGACGUCUUCAACGCCUUGACCAUGAUGGACAACAACCUGUUCUUGAACGAGCAAUUGUUCGGUCCCGGAGACGGAUACCUUGUGAAUUACCUUUACAACUGGCGAUCCGCACCCAUAGACGGGGCCGCAGACGGUGUAGAUGUUCUGCGAACAUCCAAUAUCGGCGUGGUCAUGCUCUAG